GAGAGCGAGAGCGCGCGCAAGUGAAAGAGAGAGACGGAGAGCGAGCGAGAACGCGCAACGAGGGGGGGAACGGCAGCGAGCACAGCCAGUGUGAGAGCAAUCCGGGGGAAUCCAAUAUGGCAUCGGGCGACACGCUCUACAUCGAAACGGACGGCUCGGAGAUGCCGGCCGAGAUAGUGGAGCUCCACGAGAUAGAAGUGGAGACCAUACCGGUGGAGACUAUCGAGACGACGGUGGUCGGCGGAGACGAUGACGACGAGCACCACCAGCCCAUGAUCGCUCUGCAGCCGCUGGUCACGGACGACCCGAAUCAGGUUCACCACCAUCAGGAGGUGAUCUUAGUUCAGACCCGGGAGGAGGUGGUCGGCGGGGACGACUCGGACCUCCGUGCAGACGAUGGUUUUGAAGAUCAGAUCCUCAUUCCGGUGCCGGUGCCGGCCGCCGAGGAGGAGUACAUCGAGCAGACUCUGGUCACUGUAGCCGGGAAGAGCUCCUCGGCGGGUCGGAUGAAGAAAGGGGGAGGCGGUAGCGGGAAGAAAGCGGGUAAAAAAAGCUACCUUAGUGCGGCGGAGGCGAGCGGCAGAAAAUGGGAACAGAAACAAGUGCAAAUAAAGACUCUGGAAGGGGAAUUUUCAGUUACAAUGUGGGCUUCAGAUGACAAGAAGGAUAUUGACCAUGAGACUGUUGUGGAGGAGCAGAUUAUUGGGGAAAACUCCCCUCCGGAUUACUCAGAGUACAUGACUGGGAAGAAGCUUCCCCCUGGGGGCAUUCCCGGGAUUGACCUUUCAGAUCCUAAACAGUUGGCAGAGUUUGCCAGAAUGAAGCCACGAAAAAUCAAGGAGGACGACGCCCCUCGUACGAUAGCAUGUCCCCACAAAGGCUGCACAAAAAUGUUCAGGGACAACUCAGCGAUGAGGAAGCACCUGCACACGCAUGGGCCUCGCGUGCAUGUCUGUGCUGAGUGCGGUAAGGCCUUUGUGGAGAGCUCCAAGCUGAAGCGACACCAGCUUGUCCACACUGGAGAGAAGCCUUUCCAGUGUACAUUUGAGGGCUGUGGCAAGCGUUUCUCCCUGGACUUUAACUUGCGCACGCAUGUCCGGAUUCACACCGGGGACCGCCCCUACGUCUGCCCCUUCGAUGGCUGCAAUAAGAAGUUUGCCCAGUCCACCAACCUGAAGUCUCACAUCUUAACGCACGCGAAAGCCAAAAACAACCAGUGAGGCCGACCCUCCACGCGACAGCAUCUUACCACACGUUCAAAGUCAGAUA